UCCUUUAGUUUUGGAUCCGACACAUCCAGUCACCCGCCUGUUCAUCCAGGACGUCGACAGUCGCCUGCGCCAUCCAGGGCCAGAGAGGGUCUUCGCGGAGAUUCGGCGCACUCAUUGGAUCCUGAGAGGCCGGGAAGCAGUUAGGCGUUUUCAAAGGACCUGUCUUGAGUGCCGCAGAUGGAGAGCCCGACCGACUGUUCCCAAGAUGGCGGACCUGCCAGUUGCGCGCCUCCGCCUUUACAAACCUGCCUUUUAUUCGACAGGCGUGGACUGUUUUGGACCCUUUGAGGUCAAAAUCGGGCGCCGUGUGGAGAAGAGGUGGGGCAUCAUCUUUAAGUGCCUAACUAUCAGAGCGGUCCACCUUGAUGUCCUAACCUCCAUCGAUACAGAUGCCUUCCUAAUGGCACUUCGACGCUUCAUUGCCAGGAGAGGAACUCCAGCUGAGCUGUACUCAGACCAAGGGACCAACUUCCGUGGGGGAGAAAGGGAACUCCAAGCAGCUUUUGCAGCCAUGACCUCUGACCUGCAGAAGCUCCUGGCUCCCCAUAAGAUCGUCUUCCACUUCAAUCCACCAGCGGCUCCUCAUUUCGGGGGAGUGUGGGAGCGGGAGAUUAGGUCUGUCAAGAUGGCACUCUACACUACAGUAGGAUCCCAACCCCUUCAAGAAGAGGUCCUCCACACGGUCCUUGUGGAGGUGGAGGGCAUCUUGAACUCCAAACCACUAGGUUAUGUCCCGUCUGACAUCAGUGAUCCUGAUCCAGUGACCCCCAACUGCUUUCUGAUGGGGCGGCCUGACGGAGCACUUCCUCAAGUGGCUUAUCCCAGAGAAGAGCUCCUGAGUCGCCGGAGGUGGAAGCACUCCCAGGUGCUGGCUGACCACUUCUGGUCUCGAUUCAUCCGGCUGUACCUUCCAAGCCUGCAGCUUCGGCAGAAAUGGCGGUCAUCCCCCGCAGAUGUCACAGAAGGUUCAGUGGUGAUGAUCGUAGAUCCUCAGCUGCCUCGUGCUUCCUGGCUCGUGGGCUGCAUCUCCAAAGUCCACCCCAGUCCCGACGGGCACAUCAGGUCUGCUGACAUCAAGGUGAAGGACCGGACCUUCACCCGACCUGUGGCGAGGCUGGUGGUACUGCCUGCCCUCCCGGACGAAGACAAAGGACAAUCACCGUGACUUUGUUUGUAAAAUUGCCUUUUGUUGUGAGCAAAUGUACUUCAUACAUUUGGGGGCGGCUGUACAAAAGGCCCCGUAGUUAUGGUUUUAUUCUGUUCAGUUGUUAGUUCCCCUGUAGUUUUUAGAGUGGCCAGUAGAGGUCACCCCACUGCUUUGUAUGAGAGACUAUGUCCAGGGAGAGACGUGGGCAAAGCACCUGAGCUUUUCUGCUCCAGAUUACUGGCAGAGAAUUGGUUAUUCUGUGAGAAGUGUGCGUUAAUGAGCAACGGACCACACACACACAUCCAUGCCCACGCACCUAAACCUGUAUGCGAUACCUGCUCCUCUGACAACCUCUGUUACCUUCAACUGUGUGAAGUCAAUACGAGAGUCUGCACUAUCCUCGGUGUCUUUAUUGUCUCCCUUCUGAACAUUCAUCCGGGCCUUGAGCAGUGUUCUGGCCGACACUCCGGGGAGUGGUAGCUGCAAACUGAACUAGCACCUUACAGUCCUUCCAGUACAAGCUAUCUAUCCAACAUUAAUGGUCCUUCGAGCCGGAUGUAAGCUGCUUCUACCCUAACAAGAUGGAUGAUAUUCAGAACUUCUCAGCUCUUGGUGCGCGCCCACGGCGUAAUGUACGGCGUCCCCUCCGCUAUGAAGCUUAUGAGACUGACUUCCCCGGGCUUGGUGCAGGUUACCAGGAGGAAAGUGAGACAGGAGGCGACACCCGUUCUUCCCACCAUCCUCCGUCUGACCCCUCUGAUGACCGCUCACACGGCCAUGUCACACCAUUGAGAGCAGAGUUAGAAGAUAUACAGCGUGAAAGGUUCCUGUUCCAGCAGUCGCAUGACGAGAUGAGAGCCGGGCUGGCUAAUUUCCAGGCCCUUCAUGCUAGUUUGCUGCAGUUGCUGGACCGUGCAGAGAGUCUGCAGCUCAGUCCACCGCCCAGAGCCCCUGCUGUUCAUCUCCAGCCACCCCCUGCUGAAGAGGAAGAGGACUGGCCUCCACCACCUCCUCCUGUUGUGUUCAAGGAGGAGUCUGUCUCCAGCCAGGGUCCAGUUGCGGACCGCAUCGAUACGAUGCUGAAAGAGCUCCAGGAUCUGAAGAGGGAGUCUAUGGCUGCA